AUUUAGAAGCUAUUUCCUGUUCAGUCACAGCUAGGCGUGACCUGUCUUGUCUCCUUUAUAUGAGCAUUUGUGGACAUUUUGGGACAAUUCUUUGCAGAACCUAAAGAUUUGUUCUUCAUAAUGCAGAGUGCCAAGUGUGUGUUUGUUGGAGACAGUGGAACUGGAAAGUCCUAUUUACUUUCCACCUACAUAAGGAAGUCCUUUCCUGGAGAGUACCAUACAGACUUUUUAGACCGUUACUCUGCAGAAGUGAAGAUUAAAAACCAGAUUGUUCAGUUACAUGUUUUGGAUACAGCUGGCUCUGAAGACUAUGCACGUUUACGUCUUUUAGUGUAUCCUCACACCAAUGUUGUUGUUAUUUGUUUCUCCAUUUCUGACCCUUUGUCCUACCAGAGUGUUACACAAACGUGGCUUCCAGAUGUUGAACCAAAUUGCCCUAAAGCUCCUAUUCUUUUGGUGGGAACUAAGAGUGACCUGCGUGAUAACAAGGAGAUUUUAGAAAAACUUAACGAGAAGCGUCUGUCCACAAUAACCCAACAACAGGGACUUGCUCUGGCAAAAAAGAUCAGAGCUGCUGGAUAUUUUGAAUGUAGUUCAAUCCAUCAAGAAGGAUUGGAUGAGAUAUUUGAAAAGGCUGCACAAAUAUAUCUUCAGAGAAUAAAGAGAACUCCUUCAAAGAAACAUUGUAUUAUUUUAUAGCCUAAUGAUAAUAAGAUAGACAAGACUUUCAUUUGAGAUACAAGCAAUCUCCAGUCCUGUUUGCGGGUAUUACAACAAUAGUGGUUGAUGCAUUUUUUAUUAUUUUUUUUAUUUUACUUAUAUUAUUAUUAUUUAUUUUAUUUAUAUAUAUAAUUGGUUUCUUCUGUGUUUUUUUGUUCUGGCCCGUCUUAACUGUGGAACAUUUGAUACUUUUCCACAAAUGUUGUACACUUCAUUAAUUUGUUAAUAAUAAACAUAUACGGUCUACGUUAA